CUGUCAGAUUUAACUAAAAUGUCACGUUAGAAUAAAUGUCAUAAAUGUGUAUUAUCACGGACUUACCUUUUUUUCUAUAAUUUGUGACGCACUGAAAAAUGUUCAUGAAAAGGAGAAUAGCAAGUUUUCCAGCUCAUAAAUGACAAUUGACAAUAUAACGUCAUAACUUUGUAAAAGACGACAGCGCAAGCACAUUCUGUCAAAUAUACAAAAGUGUGGACAUUUUGAGGCGUAUUUUCUUUAUUAGUGAGGUAUUCGCCUAUUCUUAAAAAAUCGACUCACUGAAACAAUUUUUGGCGCAGAUUAGAAAUUUCAAAAUUUAAAUCCGUGUGUUGAUAAAAAUUAUGCCCAGGCCAAGGAAUGUGUACCAAGAAGGGACAAAACUUAAGUUAAUGUGCAGGGUUUGUUUGACUCAAAGUAAAAGUGUAAUGUAUAAAUUAACUGAUUAUAUGGAAAGCUCAAAUAUUCCUGACGCAGAGACUUAUUUAGAGGCAUUGCAGAAAACGACUUUUUGUGAAGUUAAAAUGGAAGAAAACUAUCCUGAAAGUAUUUGUCCAGUUUGCGUUAGUAUCUUAAAAAUGUGCUAUCAAUUUGUAACACAAUUCGAAGAAUCCCAAAGAAAACUGGAACUAAUGUUCAAAAAAUCUACUGUUGCUUAUUUUGACUCUGAAAAACUUGAAAAGGAAAAAGUAGUUGAAGCUGUAAAUCUAGCUAGAAAACAAGGGGGAUUUAAAGAAUCAAAUGUUCAAAUUAUUAUUAAGAAUGAAAAAUAUAGUCUGACUGAUUUAGUUGUUGUGGAAGAUCCAGAAUCUGAGGAACAUAAUUAUGAAGGUUUUAUGAGUAAACUAGGUAACGAACUUUCAGCUUCUGUUAUAGAUCCAUCAGAAGAAGAGAUGUUUAGUUCGGACAAAGUUGAAAAUAUUAAAAUUGAAGUAGAAGACAUUGAUUAUGAGAUUGAACAUUUAGAAAAUGAAUUUAAUACAGUCAAUGAAAGAAGUGACAGUCACACUGAAACCAUAAGUAGCAACAAUGGUCACAAUGAAACUAUAAGUAGCAAUAUUGAAUCACUUGCCACUUCCGAGCCACAAAUAAAGGAUAAUGCAUGUGAAAUAAUUUUUGAAACUGAUAAAGAAACCAAUGAUUCCCAGGGUUCACUAGAGGAUAUUAAUGGAAUGAUAGAUAAUGGUAGAGUUGAAUUUAUCAUAGAAGAUUUUAUCAACAUUGAAGGUGAUACUGAAGAAUGUGAUAAUGUUGAAGAUAAUACUGAGGAAUCUAUAGAGACAAAUAGUGAUGGAACUUGUGAAGCACCAGAGGAUGAAGGAAAUGAAGACAGUGAAUCGGAAAAUUUUCCUCUAGAACAUAUAGAUAUAGACAUACUUGACAAAGACACAAUUGAAUCACUUAUUAUAGAUAGAGAAGAAAAUGAAGAUGAUCUCGAAGAAACUUCACAGCCAAGGAAAAGAGGGAGGAAGAGAAAAAUCGUGGAUACUCCCAGAGAGGAAUUCAACCAGGAAAUCAGUUUGCCUUGUGGCAUUUGUACAAAGAUUUUUUCUAGUCAGCGUGCAUUAAAACAUCAUAUAAAGAGGAGCCACAUCAGUGCAUAUGAUCAUGCUUUUACUUGUGAGAUAUGUGGGCAUGUUUCUGGAACUAAGUCAAAAUUUAUCACCCACAAGUUGCGCCAUAUGGAAAAGCAAUUCAAGUGCAAAUUGUGUAAUAAAGCCUACGCUACAAAAGCACAUCUGAAAGUUCACAUGAGUAUACACGAAAACAACAGACCUUUUCUCUGUAAUGUAUGUGGUAAAGAUUUCAAUUAUGCGAAUGCUCUAACAUAUCAUAUGCGACUGCACACAGGAGAGAAGAAUUACCAUUGUGAAUAUUGCCCUAAAAGAUUUAGAAUGAUCAAUUCCCUCAACAGGCAUGUCAGGACACACACUGGAGAGAAACCGUAUAAAUGUCAAUAUUGUGGAAGACAGUUUUCUUCAAAAGGAGAGGUUGUUUGUCACGAGUAUAUUCACACAGGCUAUCGCCCCUAUCACUGCAGCUACUGCAAAAAGGGUUUCUCAAAAACACACAAUCUAAAAAUACACUUACUGUCCCACAGAGGCCCUCAUCAAUGUACAUUUUGUAAUAGGAAUUUUAUAGAACUGGAAAUUUUGAAUAUGCACCUAAGAAUAGCUCAUAAAGAUCAAAUAACUGAAGGGAUUCAAUACUAUGGAAAUAGCGAGAGUAACGAUGGCAGUCAAGAUGAGGCAUUUCCCGAAUAUUUCGAGUUUGUUCAAACUGAAGCGGAUGAAGACUUGACUGAAGACUUCACACUUCAGCCUGAAGAAUUUACACUGAAGACUGAAGCAGAGUGUAUUCGAGGCGACUGAUUAAUAUAAGUUCUAAUAAAAACAAUGUUUGUUACACAAAUUAUUAAUGAUGCAUGUUUUUAAAUAAUUAAAUUGAUAAAUAUACAGUUUUUACUUAAUGCAUGAUUUGAGUACAUCUGUAUUUUUCUAUUAAAAGUCUUCCUUUGUU